CCGACUUCCAAGUGGCGCUGCUGCUGCGCCAGCUGCGCUGCUGCUCAAAAAUUCAAGGGCUUGAGCUCGUUUUUAUUCGCACAUGAAUCCCUUCCCUCCUUUUGCAGACUCAAUUGUUCUCCGAUAGGAUUGCCUGAUCGAUUGCGUGGUUCCUUUUGGACAGUCUACUGUUGAGCCGUCAUGGAGCCAGACGUGAGCAUCGAAGGUGCGGCAGUGAUUCGAGUGGUCGUCUUGCCUGUGGGGGAUAUCAGCCCGGCCACUUUUCGGGAGUACUCGUCCAUGGUGCUUGCUUCGCACAAGAUUGACCUCCCCCACGUCAGCUCAUUCUACACGGAGCACCAGAAAAGCCCGUUCCAGUACCAGCCAUGGGACACAGGCUGUUUGCAGUUCAAAUUCAUUUUGGGGGGAGCAAGCCGGGGGGUCUGGGAGGAGUACCAAGCUCAUAGAAGGAUCCUGGGUGUGAUUGGCAUCUGCCACUGUGCUCAUUCUCCUGAUAUUGCGGAGGCGUACAACGACUUCCUCAACGCCUGCAAGGCGUAUCCUGGUGCGCAAGCAAGGCGAUGUUUCGCAUUCGACCCCAGCGACGAGCAGGUCAAGCAGGAUGAUGACAUCCGCGAGCCCCUCGUCAUGUUUCCCGACAUGCCCACUCAGCAGACCAAUCAAGCAAACGACAAGCGCCAGCAUCUGAUCAUCUUCCCCCCUUCCGACCGGAACCUUCUCGAGUUUCAUCUCGGCACCAUGAUGCAGGACUUUGCAGCCAGCGUGCUGAUGGCCCUGGAGAGUUGGACACUGAAUGCAGAGUCAACCAAUGCAGGGUUGACGACACCCCUGGAUGCCCAGCAACCAGCUCCAGUCAGGCAAGGAGAAGACAUUGCACAGGCCAAGCGGCGGCGCCUGGGCCGCGUCCAGAAGACGAUCGGGGACUUCUGCCUGCUCGCAGGCUCUCCCCUGGACGCACACGCUCAUUAUGCGACCGCAAUUGAGCUGGCCCGGACCACGUUCGACAACUUCUGGCUUGCGGGGGCUCUGGAAGGGCAUGUCAGCGCCCUGGUAGUGGAGAGGGGGGAAAAGGGGCGGGACGCUAUCGUGGACGAGGAGGUAAGGAGCAAGUACAUGGAGGUGAUUGCGCUGUACCGCCGGAUGCAAGUCCUGGCCUUCGAGCUCGAGGCCAGCUUCAAGUUGGCGCGCUACCUCAGCGCGAGGAGGGAGAACGCAAAGGACGUGACCGAGAUCCUGACUGCCUCAGCCGAGUUCAGCAAGUACCUAGGUGACCCGAGCGACCGGCUGAUUGCAUACAUUGAGUGCUCGCGCAUCUACGGCCAGCUGGGGUAUGCGCGCAAGUCCGCCUUCUUCGCGCGCCAGGUGGCGCAGCAAUACCAGCAACAGGACACCCGCUGGGCCGCCAUCAGUGCACUCCAAAUCCUCCUCAUCACCUGCCCCCUGUACCGAGUCCACUCGACGCCUGUCUCGGUCAACGGCAAGGCCAUCUCCACACCCGUUCUGCUCCCCCCGGGCACUCCCCCCGGGCAGUGGAGCGCCAUCCAGGUCGAAGUUCUGGGCGACAUGCUGGCGACAGCUGUCAGGGCGGGGGAUCCCCUCGCAGCCUGGACGGCAGCCGCCCGGUUGCUCCGGCACCAUUACGCGCUCAUCACGCCGACCGGCCAGCUGUCCCUGGCGGCUGCCAUGCAGGCGGCCGCGGAGAAGCUACCGGCGGGGACACGGGGGACGGACCCCGCGCUGCCGUUCGUGCGGCUGCAAGGGCUGACGCCACUCCCGCCUCCGAUGCAGCCCCUGAAAAGGGACGCGCAGGGGAAGUGGCGGUCGGGAGGAGCCCCCGGGGAACGGAGCGGUGCAAACCCGGGCCCUUUCCUGUACUCGCCCUUCCAAAAAGAGGCCUCCAAAGGGGCGGAACCGGUGGUGUGGGUUGUGGGGGAGGUCGCUCAGGUGGUGGUCGAGCUCACAAACCCCUGCGGGUUUGAGGUCCAUGUUGAGAGCGUCUUCCUGAGCGUUGAGGGGGGCGAUUUUGAAGCGUUCCCGGUGUCCCUGAGCCUGCUCCCCUACACCGCAAGCCACCUCCUGGCGCUGUCAGGGGUCCCGCGAGCGUCCGGCACAGUAACAGUCCGGGGCUGCUUCGUGAAGUCUUUCGGGGUUCUAAGCGAGCACCGCUUCGACGACAAAGUCACGGUCAACGGCACCCAGCUGCUGCCAAUGCCGGCAAACGGGUCUGCAUACCCGUUCAAGGGGCAAGGGGCACGAAAGAGGCUGGGCCAGAGGGGCGUCCAGGUUUCUGUGGUCCCCCCCUUGCCGCUGUUGGUAGCGAGCAUUGUGGGAGGAGAAGCGGCCGCGGUGCUGUAUGAGGGGGAGGUCCGGGAUCUGCAGGUCUGCCUGACCAACGCCGGCGUCGUCCCGGUGACCGAGGCCCACGUGUCUCUCACCGGGAAACACCGAGACCACGUGACUCACGUCGGGAAGGAGGGCCUUGCCGCCGCCCUUCCGCUCGCACCGGGGGCUUCCGUCUCCAUUCCGGUCCGCCUCAAGGCCGGACGUCCGACGGUGACCAAACUAGACAUGGGCCGAACGGGGCACACGCCAGCGCACGCGGCGCGGGCGUCGGCGGGGUCGGCGAGCACCACUUUGGCAAUCCACUAUGCGGGGGAUGUGUUUCGGCCAACCGGGGAGAAGGGGUUGGACGGGAAGGGCCUGUCGACCAUUUUGGAGGAGCAGACUAAGGUUUCUGGAGCAUCUGCGCACGGCAAACCGGAGUCUGGAGGGGGUGAGCCGACGGCGGGGGAGCUAACCCCCGGCCGGAGAGUAGGCCUUCCCUUACAACUUCACGUGCAAAGAGGGCUAGUGUUAGUUCAGGGCAAACUGCUGACGUUGGACGCUCCGGAGAGCACCCAACCAGCUGCUGCUUUCCCUGCGGGUGAAUCUCGGACCGGAUCUCGAAAGGCCUCGUCAUCGGAAGCUUCGAGGGGGCCGUCCGAUUUAUCAGACGGUGCAAACCGGACACAAGUAAGUGCCGUAGGCGGAUCGAACGAAACAAGCGGGCAGGAAAGUCACACGUCUGGUUUGGAAAACGGCGAAGUUGCUUUGCGGGAACCUGAAAACGGUCCAGACGAGGCGGCAGCCCCAAAAAGGAACCAAAGCGACGAUCGGGGGGCGAAUAUUCCGGGCGCUCUCAGGGGGUCCAAAAUCCGGCUGCUAGAGCUGGAGCUCUGGAACGGCACCGACGUCGUGUUCGAGGUCGCGGUCGAGACACGUGGCGCGGAGGGCGGGGAGGCCGACGCGGUCGACGGGGAACUCGGGAGCCUAUUCACACACCCCCCAACGCGCAUCGACCGGGACAGCUCCGCCCGGGUGCUCAUUCCGCUGCGGGGACUCUUUGUGCCCCGGGGGGGUCGGGCUCCGGGCGCGGCCACCCCCACGAAGCAGUUCGUGCUGCAGCGCAGCGCGAGCGGGCGGCAGAUGACGCCGGCGGAGAGCGCAGCGGCGGCGCAUUUCGAGGCGUACGUGGACGCGCUUUGUGCGCAGAUCAGCGUGCGGUGGCAAAGCGGGCUGAACAGCACGGGGGAGCUGCCGGUGAGGGACGCCGUGCGCGAGGCGCUGCAGGGGCCGUCGCUGGACGCGUUACUGCCGGACCUGCUGGGCUUUGCCUUCCGGAUCGCACGAGAUGCCUCAUCGUACCGAGAUAAGCAAUCGCCCCUGGUAAACGGGACUCCUACAUCCUCGAAAGGCACGCACAAUGUGGUCGCGGCCCGGGAGAUGACGCCCGUCGAGUUGAGCAUCCGCAACAACUCGGCGGAACUUGUACAUAUAGCUCUGACCGUCAUGUGCAAAGACGUAACGGGAACCGACUGCUUGCGACCUGCCAACUCGAAGGCCACGGUGUUGUGGGCCGGUGCUCUGGGGGCCGUGCACUUGGAGGCCCCGCCCCGGGGGCAGUACGUCCAUAAGUUUGCCCUCUGUUUUCUGGUUCCAGGGGAGUAUACCCUCGUGCCCAGCUGCAUUGUGCAAGCAACAAUCAAUCAGCACCAAUUGACGAAUACUGAGGACGAAAGUCAUCCAAAAGUGGGCUCUGAGUGCCUAGGACGGCCGUUCAAGAUCUACGUACGGUGAUACGAGUAUACUGCAAGGAUGCUGACAAACUCAGCCACGGUGCGCUUCAGUGUAAACGAGAAGUCCUGGCGGGCUGCUGAUUGAUGCCUUGC